CGCGUCACUACACUCACCCUUGCCCCGGAGCCCCUGAAGGAGGAAUACACGUGGACACCGAUCUGUAGGAGAAGAAAGGCCUGGCUUGGCGUCCUUCACCUGAGCUUGUCACGUAGGCAGGGAGGUGGGUGAGCCGUGGGCCUGCUGGUCCCGUCGGCAGCAGCAUGAUGGGCGUGGAGGUGGAACGUGUGGUGGGCGGGCUGUGUGCCGCCCAGAAGCUGGAGCGUGACCGAGCUGUGGCCGACCUCCACCUGAAGAUCAAGUCGUAUUCAUCAGAGCUGGUGCUGAGCCUCCACACAGCGCUGCUCCACAUCCUCACUGACUCCACCAGCCCCUGGGAGAGCAAGCAUGGGGGGCUGCUGGGGAUGCGUGCCAUGGUGGAGUCCUCGUGUUGCGGUGACCCUGAGAGCCCCAUACCGGGCGAGGCCAGACAGGCGGCCCUGCGACUCCUCACCCACCAGGAGGUCAGGGUGAGGCAGGCGGCAGGAGAGGUGUUGGGAGCCCUGUGUCAUCAAGAUGGAGGAGCCACAUAUGCUACCUGCUCUGGUAACAUCCUGGAGCUGGUCCGUAGUAACCUGGAGAGACAGGUGACUGAUGACGAGGCUUCCCGCAGCGAACACGAGAGUACGAGGCUGCUGAUGGAGAAGCUGUCAGCCGGCACGAGGGAGAGAAGGAACAGUGGUGAUGCAGCCAAGAUCUUCCAUGACACUGCUGGCUGGAGGAACCUUGAGACCAGCAUGAAGUGUCUGGAGCACAUGAUUACAGGCUCAGGACCCAAGUUUCUGCCUUACAUCAACCAGGACUUGCUGGACCUGAUCUUCCAGGCAUUGACCCACACCAACCGCUUUGUGAGGGAGACAGGCUUCAGCGUGUGCGGGGCCCUCGUGUCCUGUGGGGCUGAGGAGAGUGCUGAGCUGAUGGAGAGCAAUCCAAUGUUCACGUUUGGUGACCAACUGACACAAAACCUUGGCCAGGGUCUUGCUGAUAACUGGAGUCAGGUCCGUCUGGCAUCUUCGGUUGCCACACGCAAGUUCCUCAUGUCUCUGCCAGCAGCCGCCCGGGAACGCUUCUUUCCCACACUCCUCCCCCGCCUCUGUCUUAACCGGUAUUACGUUGCUGAGGGUGUGCGGCUCCACUCUCAGGAGACAUGGCGGCAGGUGACAGGCGCUGAGGGCAAGGCACUCGUGGAGAAGUACAUCGACUCUGUGGUGACUUACUACAUUGAGGCAACAGGUGCAGACAACCAUGCGGUGCGGGAGGCUGCCUGUGCCUGCAUCGCCGAGUUGGCCCUCAAGCUGACCACGGACGCAGUGAGGCAGCACGUCCCUCGCCUCCUGCACGCUCUCACCGUCUGCUUCACUGAUGACUCCUGGCCUGUGCGCGAUGCGGCCUGUGUGGCGUGCGGUAACUUCAUCCUGUGCUUCCCGGAGGAGUCACAGAGCUCCAUGGAAACACUGUACCCACUCUUCCUCAACAACCUGCAGGACAACAUCCCGUCAGUGCGUCAGGGGGCAGCCGUUGCCAUUGCCAAUGUGGUGCGUGCCUAUGGGAAGGACGUGCUACCCAUGGUGGUGGAGAAGAUGCACGAGGGCCUGAAGGGUGUGGAGGAACAGCCAUCCGAGAGUGAGCGGUAUGGAGACCUGGAGGGAGGCCUGAGCAUGUAUGGAGUGGUGAAGCGGAAGAGAGACAAUGACAUGGAACUCCACUCUAACAAACAGAUGUACUCGUGUGGGUCACUGGCUCCCAAGAUGGGGCGUGGGGGAGGCGGGUGCUCAGACUGCAGAUUCCGGCGGCCGCCUCAGCUGUGGGAGAGGGCAGACGGGUGUGUUUACCUGGCCGGGGAGUUGGCCGCCGUCCCUGAGGCUGCUGGGGAGGUGACGGCAUGCCUCCCACUGAUGGCAGAGGCAGUGCAGCACAGGCACUACACCAGCCACGUCACACUGCUGGAGACACUCUGCAAGACGCUGCCGCACCUCGCCCGCGGCCUUAGCAAGCGAGUGUUCAAGACCAAUCUCCACCUCUUCCUCGACUCCAUCUUCUAUGCCUUGGAGUGUGAGAAUGCCCUGACGUCCUCUGCUGCCAGCCAGUGUCUGAGCCAACUGUCCCAGCUGCUUGGACCCAACAUCCUGAGAGGCCGCGUGGAGGAGCACAACCCAAGCUACCUGAGGGCCCUGGAUGCCAAUGCCUUCACCGGUCCACUGUGAUGGCCAUCCUCAUCCACAUCAUUCACACACAGGUGGAUGGCUGCACCACCAUCACACUGCCUCCACCUGCAACAUCAUCAACAGCAGCAGCUUCAAUAUGUUUAAAAGGCUAUAACUGUGCUUUUAUUAAACUAUCCUGCUACUAUAUAAUUCUUUUAUCACUUACUCUUCUGUUUGCUGUGAAUGUAACUACUAUAGAUCACUGAAGACAUCGUGGUGAUUAUCGGUCACUCCAUCACUAACCCAUGUAACCAUCUAGUGACUUUGCCUCCACUCACCCAGAAAGAAAAGUUGUACAUCUCAGCUUAUAUGGAGUGGAUUUAACUUUGCUUACAUUCGUUGGUAUUUCUUAAUUGUCAAAGUCAAAUAUUUUAAGUCCAUGUGUUUAUUAACAAGUUGCAUGUACCUGAAUUACUAAUGGCUUGUUCACAUUGCUGUUUCAUUUGGGAGCGUCAAGUUUUCUGUGACUUGCGGACAUGGGGCUAUGCACUGGUCCUGAUUAUGGGGAAACGUUGGACUGUCUUCAUCACCUGUGUCUGCUGGAUGUUAUAGUUAUCCUUUGCCUGAUGAUUUCAUUCAUUCCUUCAUAUAUUAAUCAUGGGUUAAGCUUAAGACUGUCUAUAUCACCUUGUAAGCUUAUUUUACUUUAUUCAUCCUUUGUUUCAAUUAGUGCUUUAGAGUUUAGAGGCUCCAUUACUUGAUGAAUUUAUCCAGACAAAAUUGGUUGUGAAGCAGCAAAGAGCACCCCCUUGGUGGCUGCCUGCACCACCUAAUGAAGCCGUAACAAUUAUGGCGAGGCGUAGCAAUGAUGUGCCAAUUCUUCAAGGGCAACACAAUAAGACGUGUGUGUGCCAUCGCUCACAAUCUAGCGUGAUGGAGCUUCUUUAAUUAUUCAAAGGAAUGUUAGUUAGAACGGACGCACUGCAGUGAUGCGAGCCUUUGUGAGUGUGUAGACAGCGCCAGGCUAGUAAUCUAUAUCUGUACCAUGGUGCAUAUGCCAAGGCUAUCCUGCACACCCCUCAAUGAUUUGUUAACUUUUCACAAUGCUCAGCUUGAUGGUGGUCAUUUUUUUCAUCCCUGACUUGUGGUGUGCACCAGACUGGGCUUUACCAGGCUAGUGGAGGAGUGACUGGGUCAGGGCUGGUGAAGGGAGGGAGGAAGGUUUCAAGGGCAUUAAUUUAGCAGAAAGAAAGGGCAUUAUUAUGAUUAAACUGUCCAGUGCGUGAUCUUUAAUAUGUACAAGGAAUUAUGGUAACUAUAGCCGAUCUAUGUGUACUUAGGCAGUCAUUGAUAUAUAUGAAUGUUAGAUAAAUAAACUGGUGAUUGUAACACAGGUAAACUAAUAUCUAAUACAAGUCACAGACAUGGAAAAUUAUCCUACUCAUAGUUUGUGUAUACAUGCAAAGAUAGGAAAGUUGUAAAGACACCAAACAUUACACUAAUAUAUCCGUUAUCUGUAUCUCCAAUGCCUUUUCACAAACAGGGUGGCCAUGGUAGAAGCAUCUCCAAUUUUCCCUUUUCUGGUGCAUUCAAUCCCUCGCCUGUCAACUCUCUCCAACACUUGGCCGCUCUACUGAUCUAAUUCACUAGUGGUCUUUCCCUGGCAGCCUUUCCAUCAAUCCUGGGAAACACUGAACAGUCACCCUCAUUAAUUCUUAUCACAUGUCCAAACCACCUCAGGAGUACCAUUCAAGCACUCCACAAUCUACUCCCUCUGUUACACCUAUACCAAAAUUAAUAUCUAAUCUGAUCUCUUACUUAAAACUCUUCCUUUCAUAUGGUUUCUUACCCUAUACCCGUUACAACCAUCUCUACUCCCUUUCUCUUUUCCUCUUUUUCUUCCUACAGCAGCACUUUUAUAGCUUUCCUCUGGUCUUCCAGCACCUCACUUUGCUUCCAUCCAAAAUAACAUAUCCACAUCAUUCACUCGGAAUCACUCCACAACUACAUAUCUUCUAUAUAUGACCAUUUCUACCAUUAUACUCUGUGUCGAGGAGUCUUUCCUACUAUACUACUGCACUUCUUUCCUCUUCUAUACUUCACUACUUUGCUGUUAUGCCCUGUGGUCUUUACUAUGCUUCUACUCUACUUCUCCCUCCUUUUUUCUACUUCUAUACUUCACCACUUUGCUGUUAUGCUGUCAUUGUCAAGGGGUCUGUUCUUUGCUACUACUUCUAUACUUCUCCUUACUUCACCACUCAUGCUUUCAGUGCCAAGGUGACUCUUCUACUCUUCACUAAAUCACACAGCUGCCAAAGUCAAACCUGUCUUGUUGUUAUGCACAGAUGUCUCUGCUCAACCAUUGGUAGUGGAUUCCUCACUGUGUUGGUAAGGUAAGAGGAGACCAACACUUAAUCUCUCUGCGUCACACUGCAUCCUUGUUUGGUCUUUUCCUGCUGGAAGAAGGAGACUAAAGUAUCAUACCAUCACAUAAAAGUAUAUUCAUUUCUAUCACUGUUAAAUUCAAUGUCAUCCUCACAGCUGUGCCUACGGUACUGGCUACUGUUCGUGUGCUGCAGAUGUUGGUAUUCACUGCUCAUUAAAUUGAAUUAUUCCCGGCGGCCUCCCAAGUGCAGGAUGCUUUGGGUGUCCUAACAUAACCAUCAAUAAUGUCUCAAGAUAAAAUUACAGUAAAAAAUAUACA